AUGAGGCCCUCCUUCCAUCUCCUGUGGUUUUUGCCAUGUCUUGUCUUUGGAGUUCACCUGCCAGAUCCAAGAGAACUCGUUGAUCAAGAACCACAGGUGUUUGCCGCCACCAAUGAUGAAAUUACCAAUUUAGUUGAGCAGCUGUAUUCUGCAGAUGUUAACAAAGCCGCCAGUGGUGACAUUACUUUAAACAAACAGUACUUGGCAUCCAGCUCCCAGACAAACUCCGGAACAGACUUUUCCAGCCAAAAGUUUUUCAGCUAUGUGAAUGAGGCCAAACUGUUUGCUCGUCCAACCUUUUCCCGGUACAUUGCUCUGCUUGACAAUUACGUGAAGACCUCUGGAACAGCAGAGACAGUGACCAGCGGAGAGGUCACAGAACAAAAUGCAUUUGUUGAUGAAGUCUUUAAGACUUCUAUCUUCAGUUUACUUUCCAAUUUCUUAGUUUCCAAAGGUUAUUAUACGUCUUCCGCAAGCUUUAAGGAUGACCUGAAGUUGAUGUGGUUUGGACUGUAUACCCGCACCAAAGGGCCCUUGGAUUCUUCAGGCUUUGAGCACAUUUUCCAUGGUGAAAUCCAUAAUGGAAAGAUCUCUGGCUUCCACAGCUGGAUACAGUUCUACCUGCAGGAAAAGUCUGGUCAAAUUAACUACCUGAGUUACAGUGCAGAUGGACCUUGGACAAGUUAUCCUGAUGUAAUCGGAGCUCAGUUUACUUGGUCAGGCUACCUGAAGAACAUCGGUUCAAUGUUUAUUGGAAGCAGUCCUGAGUUUGAUCUUGCAGUUUUCACUGUGUGUUAUGUGACUCGCCCUGACAGUGUAUGCACUGUCAGAAUGGGAGGCCAGACUCUUAGGAUUCAAACCUAUACCUGGGCCAAUUCAACUUAUGGAAAUGCCAAGAGAUACGUGGCAUCUUCUUAUCCUGUGGUUUAA